AUGUCUUCGAUUUUGGAUCAGCUGAAUGAUCUGCCCGCACCAGAUUCCGGUCAACCUAAUGAAAGCCCAGCAAGCAUGCCUCCUCCUACCCAACUUCCGCCAAUUCAAUCUACCGCUCGUCGUCAGCGAAAGAAGCGACGAACAAAAGCACCUGCUCCGGAUAGCACAUCAGAUACGGUUCAGCUUGUUCAAGAAUCGCCACGAUCCUUGGAGACUCUUUCACCUCGCCCAGUCGAUGCUUUGCCUCAGGAGCAAGUCAAUGAAUCCUUCCAAAUGACAGAAGACGUUCCUCCGCUGAUGAAACAGAGCUCGAAAUCCGUCCGAUUUGACGAAACCCUCGAGAGAACAGAAUAUCUACCCCGACAGAAUAUCUACCCCGACAGUGCAAAUCUCGGUGAAGAACCAGCUCAAAACAUCGACAUGGGAAAUUUGGAUGGAAUCGACCGAGGAAUGCCGAUUCCCGCAGGAGCUCCGCCGCAAAUUUUAAACGAGCCAGCUGAAAUCCCUGAAGACGUGCCUGUUGAUGUAAGAUACCAAACAUUGUUGGCUAAACAUGCUCCUGUGGAAACGAAAAAAGUCCAUAAGCCCAAUAGUGUGAAAGACUACGGCCGACCAAAUAACGUCAAUCCAACUGAAGGCCAUCUCUAUGUUCAGACGAAAACUGGCUUCCAGGCUAAAGCGCCCGGAGAUAACACCCGGCCAAUGGACAAUCAUGGCAGAAUGCCCGCUUUUGCUACUCCCGAAACAACGCAUAAACAAGGAGAAGGACUGCUAACGAUUAUAAGAAAUUUUGCGAGAUUUUCUCUUGGACUUUCUGCUGGUAUUGCGUUGAUUGGAGCUCUAGGGAAUCAGUUCAGUGUUCACUUCCAUCGCGAAGCUAGGGAAGCUCUCUAUGUAACAGUGAGUGCGUUAAUAACAUUCGCGACAUUCGGAACGCUUUGCAACGUCGAUCCACUUGGAAUCGGCGGAUUGACACGACUCAUUCGAUUCGAUCCAGCGAGUUUGAGCAACAUCGCCCUUCUCAUAGCUCUUAUGAUCUCGGCUGUUGGUGAUUGCCUUUAUGAAACUGCAAAAUUGGAGGCAGUUGAGGCUCUUCCAGACAGUCAAAAUGCCACACAAGUUCCUGAUUUCGAAGACUCCGACGGCUUCAUCAUCGUCGAGUGGAUUCGAGCAUCACUUCUUCUUCUCUCUUGGGCGGCUAUGAGCUUUUCUGAUGCUCCAGGAGGCGCGCUGUAUCAAAGAAUCAAGAAACAAAACGAAAUUUGA